UAAUGUAAUGGGAGUUUGUGACUCAAACUUGAAGUUUUUAAACAUUGUGGCAAAGUGGCCUGGUAGUACACAUGACUCAUUUGCAUUGCGCAAUUCAAGGCUUUGUGAAAUGUUUGAAGACGGAGACAUAAGCGGUGGAUGGCUUCUUGGGGACAGUGGAUAUCCACUUCGACCUUGGCUCCUAACACCAGUCAUAAACCCAACAACAAGACAAGACCAACGUUACAACAGUUGCCAUAUGAGAACAAGAUGUGCAUUUGAGAGGAGUUUUGGAGUGUUGAAAUCUCGGUUCCGAUGUAUCGAUACCACUGCAGGAACAUUGUUGUACAGCCCAGUUAGAUGUUGUGACAUUAUAGUAGCUGUUGUUGUUCUACACAACAUGUGUAUUGACAAUAGAAUUCCAUUGCCUCCAGGAAACGAUAAUCCAAGAGAUCAUGGAAACAUUGGUGGACAGCAAUAUGUUGGUAUCCAAAAUGAUGGUGCAGUUAUUCGUACUAGAUUGAUUAAUAACAGAUUCAACAAUUAAUAAAAAAAAUAUUCUUAUCCUUCUUUUUUAAUCACUAAUGGGUUGUUCAUUGCAUGUAUUCUUGUAUUCUGAUACCUGGAUGACUAUCUCACAGACAUAUAACCAAUAAAAUUUCAUUUGGUGGUACA